AUGGCAAUUAAGUUCCCUGGCUCGAAGAGGGCCUUCAACUGGUACAUUUCUCUCGUGGCGGCAGCAUGCAUGGUGCUUUAUGGUUAUGAUGCUUCCGUAUAUAAUUCCGUUCAAGGCUCAAAAAAUUGGGUCGCCCACUUUAAUCAUCCAGAUAAUAACAUGAUCGGAGCUGUCAAUACCGCCUACACAGUCGGCGCCAUUUUCGGUGGUUUCUUUCUAGGUGGUCCUACUGCCGACUUCUUGGGCCGGAAAGUUGGUAUGGGCAUUGGUUGUGCCUUUGUCAUUGUCGCCACAUUCAUGCAGGCUUGGGCACCGCGUCAUAAUAUCGCUUGCUUCCUCGCUGGACGAUGCAUCAUUGGUAUUGGCCAGGGUAUUGCGUUGACCUCCGGUCCGAUCUACAUUGGCGAACUGGCGCCCCCUGAGAUCCGUGGAAAGAUCAUGACUUUCUGGCAAAUGUUUUACUCAGUUGGAUCCUUCAUCUGCUUCUGGGUGAAUUAUGCCUGCACCAAACAUACGAAAAAGCUGGGCGAGUGGGACUGGAAGAUGGUCGUGAUCUUCCAGCUCCUUGUUCCAGUCCUCAUCCUCAUCUUGCUGCCAACUAUUCCUGGCAGCCCUCGAUGGUAUAUCCAGCGCGGCAACAACAUCGACCAGGCUCGUGCAGCACUUCAGAAAGUCCGUGAGACCGAGGAGGAGGUCGAAGACGAGCUGUUGAGGAUUCGGGAAGCCAUUGAAUAUGAGAAGGAAGCGAUCUCUGGAAACUAUUCGGCGCUCUGGAAGGACAAAUCCCUCCGCAAGCGUAUGGCUCUUGCCCUCGUCAUCAACGCUGGUCAGCAAAUCACUGGACAAGGUAGCUUGAACUCGUACUCGACCAAGAUUUACCAGAAGGUGUUCACCCAGGCCUCCCAAAUUGCUCUUAUCAAUGCCCUCAACGCCACUUUCGGCAUUCUAUUCACGCUUAACGCUGUGUGGAUCAUCGACCGAUUUGGACGCAAAUUCCUUCUUAUUGUCGGUGCCAUCGGCAUGGGACUCUGCAUGAUCAUCGUCGCCGCAGUCGAGACCGAAACACCAUCAUCACCUGGAGGCGCGAAGACACAGCCUGUUGGUAUAUCCAUUGUGUUCUUACUCUUCCUAUUCAUAUUCUUCUACAAACCUUCCUGGGGCGCGACGGUGUGGAUCUGGACGUCGGAGAUUUUCUCCAUGAACGUUCGAGCCCAGGCCGUCGGCAUGGCUUCGCAGACCCAGAACGUCGCCAACACCAUCUUCCAGCAGUUCUUCCCUACCUUCCUCGACAACUGUGGGUUCUACGCAUUCUACAUGUUCGCCGGCAUCAACUUCCUCCUCGCCGUGUUUGUGUACUUCUUCAUUCCCGAAACCAAGCAGGUUCCCCUGGAAGAAAUCGAUGCUCUGUUCGGCGGCGCCAACCACGUCACCCAUGGAGAGGAUCUCAUUACCUCUGAGAAGCAGCAGGUGACUCACAAGGAGUAA